UCUGCUAUCCUUCCCUCACUGGAAUUUAUGCCAGCCUUGAGGGCUUUCUGCUUCCUCUCCUUCAGGGAGGGAGAGUCUCAGGGGUCCCUCCAGUGCUGGUUAAAGAGGUCCAGUCUAGCUGCAUUCAGCUCCCUAGGGCCUCCCCUGUCAGUCUCCUGGGGCGAGAGCUGGCUUUGCAAGGAGCUCUGGAGCCCCAGGACAAUGGACACUAUCAACAGGAACCAAGUGGGCCCUGGAUGCAAGACCCCAGCUACGGUGCAGAAAGGACCCUUGGACCUGAUCGAAACAGGCAAAGGGCUGAAAGUGCAAACGGACAAACCCCAUCUGGUGAGCCUGGGCAGUGGGCGGCUCAGCACGGCCAUCACUCUUCUGCCGCUGGAGGAAGGGAGGACAGUGAUUGGCUCUGCAGCCAGGGACAUCUCGCUGCAGGGUCCAGGCCUGGCUCCAGAGCACUGCUACAUCGAGAACCUGCGGGGCACCCUCACCCUCUACCCCUGCGGCAAUGCCUGCACUAUUGAUGGGCUCCUGGUCCGGCAGCCCACCCGACUCACUCAGGGCUGCAUGUUGUGCCUGGGUCAGUCCACCUUCCUCCGCUUUAACCACCCGGCUGAAGCCAAGUGGAUGAAGAGCAUGAUUCCGGCAGGGGGCCGGGCCCCUGGACCCCCCUACAGUCCUGGCCCGGCAGAAUCAGAAAGCUUGGUGAACGGGAACCACACCCCACAGCCCACAACCCAGGGACCCUCAGCCUGUGGCAGCCACAGUUCCCUGGUGAGCUCUAUUGAGAAGGACCUGCAGGAGAUCAUGGACUCACUGGUGCUCGAGGAGCCUGGAGCUGCUGGCAAGAAGCCUGCCGCCACUUCCCCACUGUCACCGAUGGCCAAUGGUGGCCGCUACCUGCUGUCCCCCCCGACCAGCCCCGGCGCCAUGUCCGUGGGCUCCAGCUAUGAGAACACCUCUCCAGCCUUCUCUCCGCUCUCCUCACCAGCCAGCAGUGGAAGCUGUGCCAGCCACUCCCCCAGUGGGCAGGAGCCAGCACCUUCCAUGCCCCCCCUGGUGCCUGCCCGGUCCUCUAGCUACCAUUUGGCCCUGCAGCCCUCACAGUCCCGACCCAGUGGUGCUCGCCCCUCUGAGAGCCCCCGGCUGGGCAGGAAGGGGGGUCACGAGAGGCCGCCCAGCCCCGGCCUCCGAGGUCUGCGGACAGACAGCCCUGCAGCCACUGUCUUGGCAGUGGCCUGCAGAGCCACCGAGAGCCCCCGGCCGGCGGGGCAGUUGCCCCUGGUGGCGAUUGGCCUGAGUGAAUACCCGGCUUCCGGUGCCCGUGGCCAACCCACCAGCGUUCCUGGCAGCCCCAAGUUCCAGCCACCGGUCCCUGCUCCUCGAAGCAAGAUUGGCACGCUCCAGGACCGCCCUCCCAGCCCUUUCCGGGAGCUGCCAGGCGCUGAGCGGGUGUUGACAACCAGCCCCUCGCGCCAGCUGGUGGGCCGAACAUUUUCAGAUGGGUCCGCUACCCGCACCCUGCAGCCUCCCGAGAGUCCCCGCCUAGGCCGGCGGGGCCUGGACAGUAUGAGAGAACUGCCUCCCUUGAGCCCAUCUCUGUCCCGAAGGGCUCUCUCCCCCAUGCCCGCCCGGACCACCCCAGAUCCCAAACUAACCAGGGAAGUGGCAGAGAGUCCCCGACCCCGGCGCUGGGCAGCCCAUGGGGCUUCACCAGAGGACUUCUCUGUGACGCUGGGGGCACGGGGCCGUAGGACACGGAGCCCCUCACCCACACUCGGGGAGUCCCUGGCACCCCGCAAGGGCAGCUUCAGUGGCAGGCUGAGCCCGGCUUAUAGUCUGGGCUCUUUGACUGGGGCUUCACCCCGCCAGAGCCCCCGUGCCCAGAGGAAGCUCUCCAGCGGGGACUUGCGAGUGCCUGUCACUCGGGAGCGGAAAAAUAGCAUCACAGAGAUCAGUGACAAUGAGGAUGACCUCCUGGAGUACCACCGGCGGCAGCGCCAAGAGCGGCUUCGGGAGCAGGAGAUGGAGAGGCUGGAACGCCAGCGCCUGGAGACCAUCCUGAACUUAUGUGCCGAGUACAGCCGGGCCGACGGGGGACCUGAGGCCGGGGAGCUGCCCAGCAUUGGGGAGGCCGCCGCAGUCUUGGCUCUGGCCGGCCGGAGGCCCUCACGAGGCCUUGCGGGGGGCACUGGGGCCUUUGGGCGGAGCAACGAGGAGCCUGGAGGUGCCACCCAACGCCUGUGGGAGACUGUGGAGCGCUCGGACGAGGAGAAUCUCAAGGAGGAGUGCAGUAGCACUGAGAGCACCCAGCAGGAGCACGAAGAUGCACCUAGCGCCAAGCUCCAGGGAGAGGUGCUGGCCCUGGAAGAGGAGCGGGCUCAGGUGCUGGGGCGAGUGGAGCAGCUCAAGGUGCGGGUGAAGGAGCUGGAGCAGCAGCUGCAGGAGUCGGCGCGGGAGGCUGAGAUGGAGCGGGCACUGCUGCAGGGGGAGAGGGAAGCAGAGCGCGCGCUGCUGCAGAAGGAGCAGAACGCGCUGGACCAGCUGCAGGAGAAGCUGCUGACCUUGGAGACGGGCAUCCAAAAGGAGAGGGACAAGAUUUCGUGCCAGCCUGCUGGGGCCGCUCCAUCCCACAGGGGCCGUGUCAGCCACGCCCAAGAUGUCCAACAACGUGCCAAAAGCUCCGAAGUGGAGAGGGGCCACCUAUUUCUGGACUUGACAGAGAGGGCGGAGCUGGCCGCGGGACGGAGGCACCUGGAGGCCCGCCAGGCGCUCUACGCCGAGCUCCAGACGCAGCUCGAUAACUGCCCCGAGUCAGUGCGGGAACAGUUACAGGAGCAGCUGAGAAGGGAGGCAGAAGCCCUGGAGACUGAGACAAAGCUCUUUGAAGACUUGGAGUUCCAGCAGCUGGAGCGGGAGAGCCGCGUGGAGGAGGAGCGCGAGCUGGCUGGCCAAGGGCUGCUCCGGAGCAAGGCCGAGCUGCUGCGUAGCAUCGCCAAGAGGAAGGAGCACCUGGUGGUCCUGGACAGUCAGGCUGGGCAGAUCCGGUCCCAGGCUGUGCAAGAGUCGGAACGCCUAGCCCGGGAUAAGAAUGCCUCCCUGCAGCUGCUGCAGAAGGAGAAGGAGAAACUGGCUAUGUUGGAAAGAAGAUACCACUCGCUCACAGGGGGCAGGGCUUUCCCGAAGACUACGUCGACUCUCAAAGAGUACGUGACGCUUGAGCAGCUAAAGGCCAUGUGGGGCACCUCGCCUGUGCCCGCAGCGCCCGCGCCAGGCCUUCCUCCCUGGGCCCCUGCCUCCCAGGACCUGGUUCCCACCACCUGCCUUCUUCCUGCGCUGCCCUCUUCCUCCUCCUUCGCUUCUAUCCCGCCUUCAGCCCAGAUGGAGAAGCUGCUGCUCCCCGCUGUAGACUUAGAGCAGUGGUACCAGGAGCUGAUGGCCGGGCUGGGGACCGGCCCCGCUGCGGCCUCCCCUCGUUCCUCCCCCCCGCCUCUGCCCGCCAAAGCUUCCCGUCAGCUGCAGGUUUACCGCUCCAAGAUGGAUGGUGAGGCCACUAGCCCCUUGCCCCGGACCCGCAGUGGCCCCCUCCCCUCUUCCUCUGGCUCUUCCUCCUCCUCCUCCCAGCUCAGCGUGGCUACCUUGGGCCGUAGCCCCUCCCCAAAGGGCACUCUACUCGCCCAGAAUGGCACAAGCAGCCUUCCUCGCAACCUGGCAGCCACGCUGCAGGACAUUGAGACCAAGCGCCAGCUGGCCCUCCAGCAGAAGGGGCAGCAGGUGAUCGAGGAGCAGCGGCGGCGGUUGGCUGAGCUGAAGCAGAAGGCGGCGGCCGAGGCGCAGUGCCAGUGGGACGCCCUGCACGGGGCCGCCCCCUUCCCGGCCGGGCCCUCGGGCUUCCCGCCGCUCCUGCAUCACUCCAUCCUGCACCACCUGCCGGCGGCCAGGGAGCGAGGGGAGGAGGGCGAGCACGCCUACGACACGCUGAGCCUGGAGAGCUCAGACAGCAUGGAGACCAGCAUCUCCACGGGGGGCAACUCGGCCUGCUCCCCCGACACCAUGUCCAGUGCCAGCGGCCUGGAUGUGGGGAAGACGGAAGAAAUGGAGAAGAUGCUGAAAGAAGCUCAUGCGGAGAAGAGCCGGCUCAUGGAGUCGAGGGAGCGGGAGAUGGAGCUGAGGCGGCAGGCCUUGGAGGAGGAGCGGAGGCGGCGGGAGCAGGUGGAACGGAGGCUGCAGAGCGAGAGCGCCCGGAGGCAUCAGCUCGUGGAGAAGGAGGUCAAGAUGCGGGAGAAGCAGUUCUCGCAGGCACGACCCCUGACCCGCUACCUGCCGAUCCGGAAGGAGGACUUUGAUCUGAAGACCCACAUUGAGUCCUCGGGCCACGGCGUGGAUACCUGCCUGCAUGUGGUGCUCAGCAGCAAGGUCUGCCGUGGCUACUUGGUCAAGAUGGGUGGCAAGAUUAAAUCAUGGAAGAAGCGCUGGUUUGUCUUCGAUCGACUCAAGCGCACCCUUUCCUAUUAUGUGGACAAGCAUGAGACGAAGCUGAAAGGGGUCAUCUAUUUCCAGGCCAUCGAGGAAGUGUACUAUGACCACCUGCGCAGUGCAGCCAAGAGCCCGAACCCGGCCCUCACCUUCUGUGUAAAGACCCACGACCGGCUGUACUACAUGGUGGCCCCGUCCGCAGAGGCCAUGCGCAUCUGGAUGGAUGUCAUCGUCACCGGGGCGGAGGGCUACACCCAGUUCAUGAACUGACCGAAUGGGCCUCGUGGACCCUCAGGCCGGCCCAGGACCCAUGCCCAACUGCCUGCUGCUCCACUCGCCCCGGAGACAGUCACGCCCUGGGCCUCAGGCCUCACACAAGUGCUCCCAGAGGCCCUGGAGGGCGGAGCAUGACUGGGGUUUUGUACAAGAAGUGACUUUGUAAUGUUCUGUAAGGAGCUCGUCCUGUGAGUUUCUGAGCUCCGGUCCCCUAAAGAACCGGCCAGGAGAUAAAAGUUGGGGAGGGGGCUUUGCUGCCUCCUGGGAACCCAGAACUUGCAAUAACCCUUCAGGGUCCUGCCCCAGGCCCAGCCAGGCUGAGCAGCUGUCACAGAGGGGCCCCUCUGCUCUGACCUGGCACCUGCGCUCCCCAACCUGUGUUCUCUUUUGUAAAGGACAAAUUAUGGUACCAGAAACUGCCAAAGAUCCCCUCUUGCCUCAGCUCCCUUUGCGGGGGCCUUGGGGGCUGAGCAGAGCCACAUUCAGAGUGGGGUAACAGCUCAGGCGGUAUACUUCUCAAACCCCGCUCUACCCCAUUGUUGUCCUGCGUUUAUAUUUUUUAUUACUUUGCUGAAGGGCCAGAGACCGAAAGUGUCAUCCUUGAGGUCCCAGCCCUAUCACCUUUUUGCAGACCCAUCACCAUGGUCACCACAGUGACGGCUUCAUCGCCAUGGUUACAUACUAAUUGCCAUGGCUCCAUGGCUCAGCCCACUGCUUCAGCAGUGGACCCAUCUGAGGGUAUGUGCCAUCAUCUCUCCAGCCCAGGCCCUUGGGCAUCUCCUGCUGGGGGGAAGGGACUGAACACCUUCUCCCUGCCCCCUGCCUGCGUCUCCAGGCCCUAAUACACAGCCUGCUGGCUCCCCUGUCCAGCCCUCCCCCUUCCACUCGUGCCUUGCCUAGAGCCAGAAGGGGUGAAGCUGGGAACUAGAGACCAGAGGUGGAGCCACUGGAUGGGAGAAGAAGCUAGACGGGCUGUCCUUGGGGUUCUGUUAUAGGGCUGAGUUUCUGACAGACAGAGGGCUGUUCAGAUUCUCCCUGAUGGAAGUCCUGAGCAGGAGAGGAAGCAGCAGAGGGGGGGCCCUGAGGUCUGGUUGCCCUCCCUGCAGCCUCAGAAGGGGGAUGAAAUGGAGAGCAGAAGACCAGGCCUCCAGCUGUCUGUGCUCAGCCCUUUCCGCCUUAACACUAAGCCCACCUCCCUGUCCCCCUUCCCAGCCCUGGGCCAUGGUUGCUGGGUCCAGGCUGGAUGUUUUUCAGUAUUUGUAAGCAUCUCAGCAGAACAAUAAAGCAUUUGGACUAUG